CCAGUUGGAGUUGAGAUUGCGCAUGCAUGCUUCCCAGUUGAUGAAGAAAUAACACGCCUCCGUCUUCCUUGUGCGCCACAAUCCACGCCUGCUUAUCAUGUCACCUGCAGGAACACAGGCUGUUUGGCAACACGACCUCACAUGUCAUCUGGUUUCCUCACGUGUCAAAAUGGAGAAACGUGAAGUCAUUUCACCUCUGCAGCACACUGAAGUUCAUCAAAUGUUAGGGUCCAGAUGAGCGCCUGCACAGACACAGGACACGGGGCAGCAGACAUGGACAAGCACGCCAGCAGGCCAACAUGGAGCAGGCAGAUCGAGUUCACUCUGGCGGGCAUCGGCUCUGCCGUGGGUCUGGGCAACGUUUGGAGGUUCCCUUAUCUCUGCUUCAGGAGUGGAGGAGGUGCCUUCCUGGUUCCAUACCUGCUGAUGCUGUUGGUGUUGGGGAUCCCUUUGCUGUAUAUGGAGUUGACUAUAGGCCAGUAUACAAGAAGAGGGCCGGUCCACGCUAUGGCUUACGUUUGUCCACUGCUAAAAGGCGUAGGCAUAGCAUCUGUGGCCAUUUCCUUCAUCAUGUGCACGUACUACAAUGUGGUCAUUGCCUGGGCCCUCUACUACCUGUUCAGCUCCUUCCAAGCGCCGCUACUCUGGCAGAGCUGCAACAACACGUGGAACACACCAAACUGCACCGAUCACGCCACCAACAGCAGUUACUCCUCCACUGCCAGCCAGGAGUUCUUCAAGUACAAGAUGCUGCAGCAAACACCAGGAGUUGGAGAAGCCGGAGCGAUUCGCUGGGAGAUUUUCCUUAUCCUUGUGCUCGCCUGGCUCCUCGUCUACCUUUGCAUCUUCAAGGGGGUGAAAUCAACAGGCAAGGUGGUGUACCUCACAGCUCUGCUCCCGUAUGUCAUCCUCAUCGCCCUGUUGAUCAACAACGUGCAGCUCCCUGGAGCGUUACAGGGGAUUCUCUUCUUCAUCGUGCCGGAAUGGGACAAGCUACUCGUAGUGGAGGUUUGGGUGAAUGCUGCGGCACAGAUCUUCAACUCCAUCGGAAUAGGCUUUGGUUUCCUCAUGUCCAUGGCCAGCUAUAACUCUUUCAACAACAGCGUUCUUAAGGACACACUGACCAUAUCCAUCGUCAACUCCCUCACCAGCAUCCUGGCAGGCUUUGUCAUUUUCUCAGCGUUUGGAUACAUGUCUCAUCUGCAGGACGUUCCUGUGGCCCAGUUGGCUGUGGACGGUCCAGGACUAGUUUAUAUUGUCUACCCGCAAGCCUUUACCAACAUGCCAGUGCCUCAGCUGUGGGCUGCGAUGUUCUUCUUCAUGCUACUUUGCCUCGGACUAGACAGUCAGUUUGCAAUGGUGGAAGUGAUGGUGACCAGUCUGACGGAUCAAUACGAUCGACAACUGAUCAGAUUCUUCAAGAAGAAGGAGCUGUUUGUUCUUGCGGUUUGUGUGGUGGCGUGUCUUCUUGGAAUUCCAUGCGUCAUGCAGGUGGGCAUCUACGUGUUCCAGCUGAUGGAUCACUACACCGCCAUCGUGUCGAUCAUGUUCCUUGCAUUCUUUGAGGUUCUCGCCAUUUGCUGGCUUUAUGGCGUGAGUCGACUCUCGGACAACCUGGAAGAGAUGACUGGAAACAGAGCAAACGUUUUCUUCAGACUGUGUUGGCAAAUUGUAGCUCCUUCCCUCAUCACGGUGAUCCUGAUCUUCUCCGUCAUCCAAUUCAAACCUGCUCGCUAUGAAGACUAUGUCUUCCCUCCUUGGGCCCAAGGUGUUGGCUGGGUGGUUGCCAUGGGAUCCAUCAUUUGGAUCCCUUUGGCCAGCGUUCACACAUUGUGGGUGCUACCUGGAUCCUUUGUGCAGAAACUAAAGCUGUCCAUUAGGCCAUACUCCCUGUCGGAGACAUCCAAAAUGCCGUAUUACGAGAGGGGAGGAGGUGACAGAUACCCAGUCGUGUCUGUCAUAAGCACCUCCAUCCGUCUACAAGACAAACCGCCACACCAGGGCAACUGAAGAGGCGUCACUUAGGACAGCUUUCGUCAUCAAUAAUCAAAAACUGUUGCUGCAUUUCUGCCGUGCAGAAAGUAAUAUGGCCAUUUUUUGUCAGUCACUGUCUUGCUUUUAGUGAACUUUGGUAUAGGGAAGAUGUGCAGUUAUCCCUCGCCACUUGGCGCUUUGAAUUUGCGGUCUCGUCUUGUGAACCGAGGAUGUCGUGACACCCCCGUUCCUAACCCAGGCCACUGUUGUGGCCAAGCUAAAACUCAACUCUGGACCCACGGGACACAUUUACAGCAACACACCUGAGCCUCGGUCUUAUUUAUGUCUUAAAUGUCUUAUUUUCUGUUAUUUCUACUAUAUUGGGUAAUAGGAGGUGACUAUAUUUCAUGUCUGGAGGUGUUAAAAACUGCAUUUAGAAGGUCGUAAACAAGUUUUCUAUGUUCUAACUAUAAACACGUUCCAUUUAGAAAGAAGGAAUCCUACUUCACGGUGGGGUUUGGAACCAAUUACCCGCGAUAAACGAGGGAUUACAGCGCUGUAUAUCUUCUGACACUCUCCACCGGUGAAGAGCUCAGAAUUUUGCUGUCAUUCAUUCAACAGCUUGCUUUGUUAACAGCAGCGCCAUCUUUUGGCCACGUUUGGAACUGCAGUUAUGAGUGUAAAUAGUUGUACUGUCCUGUUAUCUGUAUUUAACUAUUGCAUUUAAAUGGCAUAAUCAUACUGUUUAAAAAUGACCAAAUCAAAGUUUAUAUAUGUAUAUACGUAUA